UUAUUUUGUUUAUAUAUACGAUUUAAACUAAAUUGAACUGAACUUAUUGGGUUAAUACAUUAAAAUAAUUCGAACCUUUGGUUAGAACCUUUACCAUAAUCGCCUUUUACUUUAGAAUAUCACUUGAGCUUAUAGAAUUAGAACCAUUAAAAUAACGUUCUGUAAACAAUUAUUCUGAUAAAAGAAACUGGCGAAGGAAUCCAAAAGUGAACAUUUCCAUAUAGUAGUAUAUGUCCAUUUAUAAACAAAUGGAUAAAUAGAAAAUCAAAUAUCAAGUCGAUUUUAUUUAUAUAUUUGGGUAUGUGCACCAAUGUUAGCAACAGUUAAGCUACUACAGAGAGUAAUUGUAAGAUCUCUGCAUAUACGCAAUUACAAAUUUUAUGGCAGUGAACAUUAGCAAGCAAUAAAAUAACUAUGGGUGCAAAACAAUCAACAGAAUAUACGAACACAUUCAAGUUGCUUUUAUACAGAAUCGGGUAUAUCUUCCAUUGAUCUUUUAGCUGGAACUUACAAGUUGUCAAGGAUAAAAGAUGACGGGGAUAUCCCCAUCAUCUCCAGACCUCUUAACUUCUAGGGCAGCAUCGAGUGCCGCUACUUACAUGGAUGAUUUUGAGAAUAUCGUCGCUAAAGGUAAAGAGGUGGUGAUGACGAAAGAGUAUAAACCUCAAGUGGCUAAUGAAUUCGAGCAUUAUCUGAAUCCUCAGUCUUUGAAACGACACGUAUUUCGCAGUGAGAAAGUACGCAAAAUUAUCGAACAUUAUGCUCAAAUAAAUAACUGCUCGGUGAAGCAUAUUGAAAAGCAGGUGAAAGAUAUAAUAGAUGAAAUUGGAUUGGAGCGUAAUUUAGCGAUUAUACGAUGGUGUGGUAUGGCUAUAACAGCUAUAUCAAAACGUAUCCUAUCAGGGAUUUACGUUAAUGCACGUAGUAUUCGGAGAGUUCGGGAUCAAUUGGGACGAAACCCCGUUUGCUAUUUGCCCAGUCAUCGGAGCUACAUGGAUUUUGUAUUAAUGUCAUAUAUUUGUUUCUACUAUGAUAUUGAAAUACCUGGUAUAGCGGCAGGAAUGGAUUUUCACGCAAUGUUCGGCAUGGGAACAAUGUUACGAAAAACCGGUGCAUUCUUUAUGCGUCGCUCAUUCUCAAAUGAUGAGCUUUACUGGGAUAUUUUUCGCGAAUAUAUGUAUGCAUUGAUAUCUGUUUAUCACAUCGGCGUUGAAUUUUUUAUAGAGGGCACGCGCAGCCGCAACUUCAAGGCACUCGUUCCAAAGGUAGGCUUGCUAUCAAUGGCACUGUUGCCCUACUUUACGGGCGAAGUGACAGAUGUAACCAUUGUGCCAGUAAGUAUAUCCUAUGAACGCUUACUCGAAGAGCAAUUAUUUGUUUAUGAAUUGCUUGGCUUGCCAAAACCUAAAGAAACGACAAAAGGAUUUUUUAAAGCACUUAAAAUUAUUGACGAACGCUUCGGAAAAAUGUACCUAGAUUUUGGUGCACCAAUAUCUGCGCGCAAAUUUUUUGGACACACAGGAGCAGAUAGAAUGCAGCGUGCUAGUGUGGGUGCGCACUUGCAAAAACUGGACAGAAAAGAGUUGGAUUUAAUUAAAAAACUAGGCAAUGAGGUAAUUUACCAACAACAGCGAGGCAUCGUUAUUAGUACAUUUAACUUGCUGUGUUUAUAUUAUGCUAGUCAAUUGUAUGUGGAUCGUUCGGUUAACAUUGACGAAUUAGCACUUGGCAUUGCUGAGCUAAAGCGAAUUUUCGAAGAAUUGGGUGCACAUGUGGCCACCGAUAUGAACCGGCUUAAAUUUGAGAUAAUUGAAACCGUAGAAAUACAUUCGAAUAUCGUGAAUUUUCAAAAUGGCCGACUGCAAUUCACUGAAGUCGCUGCUGCACAACUUGCACAGGAGAUCGAUACUAAAAGACUGAAGGCCCACGCGCUUUUGCCACAGAUCAUGGCAGUGGCAGUGCCCACAUUGGCACUACAGCUUUACAUAAAUCCCUGCAUGUUUUGGCUUGCGCGACCAGCAUAUCUUAUAUUAGCAGCAUUGCAAUUGCAGGCAGACCAACAAAAAGGCAGAGAUGAUAAAACAACAGCUUUGUCUAGCACUUACGAAGAAGUAGUAGAAAACUUAUUGCAACGUGUUACUUUAUUGGAUGGCAUUUUUAAGCACGAAUUUAUAAUUGAGUCAAAUCGAGAUAUGGAGGAAUUCAAUAGAAAUCUGCUGCUACUAUCAAGGCAUGGCAUGCUAAAAAUAUCGUCACAUAACGGUCAAAUAUCCAUUAAUGAAAAUGAAUGUAUGAAAGUUAUACUUUCUUCAUUAGCACCUUUUCUAUGCGUCUACUACCAAUUAGCUGUGGCCGUAAAUGAGUUUCCACUUGAUACUUGCUCCGCACAUUCCAAUAACAAAUAUGAUGAAUUCAGUUCUAAAGAUGUUCUCAUACACAUGCAAAAGCGCAUAGAAAACCUUAUGCAACAACAGCAUGUCACCAAUGUGCAUCCCUACUGUUUAGCUCUAGAUAAUUUGAACAUUGCACUAAACUCAUUUCAACAAACUGGCUAUAUAGAGAAGAACAAAGAGAGCGGAAUACUGCAGCAUGCUCCUGGCAAACCAUUACGGACACUGGAAGCUGAAUUAUUAUGCUAUUGUCAGCUGUUGCCAUUCAAACAAUACUACCGGGUAGCAAGCGUUCAAAUGAACUCUAUGCCAUCUAAAUUAUAACUAUUAAAACAACGUAGCAAAAAUCAACUGCUUUCCCAUGUCCGGAAUUGCCACGUAGCUAUUGUGUUUUUAGUAUUAGUUUUUGUUUUACCAACAAUGCGUUUAUUCAUCGGUUUGUUUAUUUAGUUAUUAACAUAGGUGCAUUGAACAAAUAUUUCUCGCGCAUGCAGUAUAAUUUUUUGGUUAAGCGGGGAGUAGGGAUAACUCGGGUGGAACUAUGAUUUUUGCUUUAAAGUGAUGUAUAUCAUUCAAAAGACAGUUUUAAAAAUUCUUCUUCAAUUUUGCUAAGUACGACUUGAAUUUUAGACAGAACUUGAGAUUUUAUGCAUUUACAAAUUCAAAAAUGUUACUCCCUUAACGAUCAUCUGGUUGCCACAUUUAUUUCCAAUAUAAAACUAAAAAUUUCAUGAACAGGAAAGGGAAAUUGAAAGGUCAGGGGCACCAAUAAUUUCUAUUUUGAAAUACUUGUAAUUACGCACAAAGAAGCAUAUUUUAAAAUAAAAUUGAAUCGUAAUCAUU